GACAAAUUUGAACGAGAAAACGGUGACUGACAACGCACAGUUGUUUAUCACAAUUCUAACUUCAGUACUUUUUCAAAUUUCACAGUCUUUCUUUGCUUGCAAGCACCACUGUUCAUAAGCCACACUAUGUUCUGUUAUGUCUGAUGCCGGUCAGUAAUUUGAAAGAAAAAAAAAAUAAGAUAUCGUAUUCAGCUAAUGUGCGCAGCUCAACUCUUUGCGUUAAUUUUCGCAAACAGUGUACAUAAACCAUCCUUUUUUCGAAAAUGGCUGAUAAUCAAUUAUUUUGCAGUUUUUACUUGGACAAAAAAUGGCAAUUCUCGCCACAGUCAUCGCUGCUGUCGCCGUGACCACAGUCGUAUUCUGGUUGCUAAAACGUCGCAGCAAACUGAGGUUGUUCAAAGACCUCGGAAUUCCAGGACCAAAGCCGGACUUCUUGUGGGGAAAUCUGAAGCAGAUGGACCACAGACGCGUUGAGGCAUUCGUGCAAUGGAGAAAAGAUCAUGGAAAGCGGUUUGGCGUCUACGUGGGGAGUGAGCCUUUCUUGGUCAUCACAGACCCCGAAAUGGCACACGAGUGCUUCGUCAAGCAAGCGGCGAUAUUUCUGGACAGACCGACAUCUUUCGUGGAUGCGGAGCCUUUCAAAAGCAGCCUCUUUCAGCUUGGUGGCAGAAAAUGGACGAACGUGAGGGCGGCGUUGAACUACGCUUUCAGUUCAAGCAUGAUGAAGGAUCUCUCUCUGGUAGCAGACCUUUGCGCCACUAGAUUUGUGGACAGGAUAUCUUCGAUAAGCCUGAGGAGAGGACACGUAGAAGUGUUCGAUCGUGCAUUGGACUUCGCUUUCGACUUCAUCAUGAACACGGUACUGGCACAAAAGGUGAAAUCUCAGGAGGGCGGCAACGAAACAAUUCUGGAGUUCCUGAAGCAAGUUAGUAAGGACAUGGAAAACUCAGCCAUCGAAGUGGCGUUUACGGUACCCGUCGUGCGCGCUGUCCUUACGCUGAUAUAUCCAUUCACAAAGCAUGCUAAAGCGUUCAAAAACAUUACGAGCCACGCACAACACUUAAUCGAACUACACCGUUCCGGAGAGCUACCGAAAGAACCCAGCGUGCUUCAGACGCUUCUGGGCGAAGAAGCCCUCAAUGGAACGCAAAAGAAACCUAGCAGGCGCUAUAAACACCUGGACGACCAGUACAUAUCGUCUAAUGCGGCAAUAUUUCUCUUGGCUGGCACCGAGGCUACGGCUUCCGCGCUUUCUUUUCUGGUGUAUCUCUUGGCAAGACAUCCCCGCGAACAGGAAAAAGUAGUCAAGGAGAUGGAGGACAUUUUUCCUUCUGAAGAAGAAAUCAAGUGUAACUUCAACGAGCUGCAUCGGCUAAAAAGAAUUGACAUGGUAAUUUACGAAGGACUUCGCCUCUACCCACCCGUCCCACUGUACUUGAUAAGGCGUUGCUCUCAGGACACGACUGUUUGUGGGCAGUUCAUUCCAGCCGGUGUCAAUGUGAUGGUUACACCGUGGCUCAUCCAUCACGACCCUGAAGUUUGGCCGGAGCCUGACAAGUUCCUGCCAGACAGGUUUGCCGCAGAAAACAGCGAAAGUCGCCAGAAUGGGACCUACAUGCCUUUCGGACUAGGGCCCAGGGUGUGCAUAGGUCAGAAGUUAGGGUUCCUGGCGCUGAAAACACUCUUCCACCUCACAUCUACUGUCUACUCACGGUACAUUCCCUCCCCAAAAACAUGCACCUGGAGCGCCACACGGCUCGCAGAGCGGCCCCUGCGGAGGCUUUUCACAAACAUUACGGCACGCAAACAGAUACCAUCUAUGUCGACGCUGCUUCUAGCUUACCCCUCAUCCCCAGCCUUCGCCAUAAGCGUCGUCUCCAACUCCCUGAUCCUGCAGAUCACUGGCUCGGUCCUCGCCACCUCCUCUAUGGAGGCCGAGGAGGCAGCCUAUGCCCUGGCAAUCUCCUCCACGUCCAAUGGGCUCGCCGAGAAGGGCGUACAAGUGGUCAAGCGGCUUCUGGGCAAGACUGAGACCAAGAAAGAGGACUUCUAUUUGGGCCUUCUCAACUACAGGCGUCAUCCUCAAGUCUCGUUCAAAAACAUGUUCAGGCAAGGACCUCAGGAAGACCACUACCUCCACUACAGAAGGGAGACGUCGUCCGAAUCCUCUGAAAUGGUAGAUGGGAUAUCAAAGCGCAAGUCCAAGAUCUCGUGGCCCCGAGAUCGUACACCGUUCUGA